UUUGAAUGGUGCUUUCCUGUGUGUCUCUUGGCGUUUCUUGGUGGUUUCCCGGCUUUUCUCUCAGAAUACUAUGAAUUUCCACGAUUCCAUCAAAUCACUGGCUGCGCACUUGGCAAAGAUUGACGAGAACACUUAUACUGAUGAGGAUAUUCUGCUCGAAGACUCGAGAAAUCUCUGCAAUUCCUUGGAUGGACUGGGAAAUAAUGAGCACACCUUGGAUGAUCCCUCGGCGGCCGAACUCUUCAUUAAGCUACACCAGAUGCUGGAUUUCUGCUGCAAAGACUCCAAUAGUCUGAAUCAACUCCUAGGCAUUCUGAAGGAACUUGGGAACAAUCCUAAGAUCCGGAAACACCUACAGAAGAUGGACUUCAUUUCACUGUUGGCCAACUGUCUUCUAAAUAGAGAGAUGGAGGAAAAUAGUGAAAUUCUCUGCGUCUUGAACAAGCUCACAAAAGGUUUCCGGAUGGAAACUCCUGAAAUAUUUCUAAUCAGCCUCAUACCUUUCCUCGUGGACGGAAUAGUCGAGGCAGCCUUCGAUAGAUCGAAGAUCAGUCUGGCAAUUCUAGUGAAUUUAUGUCAAAGUCGACCGGGAAUUGAUAUUCUCUGCAAGUAUUGCAAUACGAAGAAUCUCACCAAGAAGAUUAUUACACAGGAAGGCUACGGACUCCUGGCUUUGAGGAUCCUCUAUGGCAUAGGAAUCUACUCGAGGGAUAAUAAGAUUUUCUGGAACACUUUACUGGCCAUCUUUAGAGAGAUCGACAAAUUAAUCAGUCAAGGAGACGCAGAAUCGUGCCAGGAAUGCUUUGAAUUUCUUCUGCAACUCACUGAUGAGCCUCUUGGAGAAUACUCAGAUCUCUUUAAUCAGCAUGAUUGA